AUGGCUGGGUUACUGGCAUGGGCGGUGGGAGGUGGCGGAGGAAAGGAAGCGGAGGACGACUCCUUUAUCCCAAUCUUAUUCUCUGAAGAGCAGCAAAAGUACGUGAUCGAACUGGAUCAGAAGGCGGGUUCUCUCCGCCGUUUGAUCCAUGAUCUACGGCUGAGAUUGCCUCCCCAGGAUAUCUCCCAGAGCCUCCCGCACCUCCACGCCCACUCCCUCGCCUCCAACGCCGCCCUCGCCCUCCAAUUGAACUCCCACUCCGCCACGCGCCAACAGGCCCAACUUAGAGAGGUGACAUUGAAGGAAGAGAAUGCUGCAUAUGAAAAUGCAAUAUUGGAUUGUGAAAAUAAAAUAAAGGAGAAAUUGCAGGAGGCUGAUUUACUAAGGACAAAGUUGCAGGAAAUGGAUGAGACUGAGAAGAAACUGAAAGCUGAGGUGGAGAAUAUGAAGCAGGAAAGUUGGGUAUCUGAUGGUUGGGAGGAAGAAAUGAAGGCAAAUUCUAAAGCUGGAUUUGAUGCAGAUGCAGAAGCAUCGAGAUCGGCUUUACUAGAUAAAUUGGAACAGAAGAGGAAGGAGCUGAGUUCAAUGGAGGAUGCUGUACAAGAGUUGGAGAAGAAAUGGGCAAAAGUGCAGGAAAAUGCACUUAAACAGCCUUCCCCAGCACAAAGAGAGAAGACAUUGGAUAAACAACUUCAUGGUCUAAUUGAGCAACUGGCCGUAAAACAGGCACAAGCUGAGGGCUUACUUGGUGACAUUCAUUUGAAAGAGAUGGAACUGGAAAGGUUGAAUGGGCUAUGGCGACAAACAGAAAGCAGCAAUUUGGAGGCGAACACUGCGGCUAGAAAUCGUUUCGGUAAAAGCUCCUCAGAUAAGUUACACGGUUUGUCAGAUUAUGAAGGCCAUCAGAGGCUUCCUUAUCACUCUGCUGGCAGAACUGAAACCCAGCAGAGGCUUAUGCUAUUCAGGUCUGCAUUUGUGCUCUAUAUUUUAGCUUUACAUAUACUGGUAUUCAUCAGGAUAUCCUUUUAA